GAGAGUGUCCCCGGUGGCGCAUAGCAUAUGGAGUUAUUCUGUUGGUGUAUGCGGGGGCGAGUCCCUUUGCUCGUGAUAUUAAUGGUGUUUCCCUCUAUUCCACUCCCUAAAUACAGCUCUCGAGAUUUUGGUGUUGUUUGCCACCGUUCGUCUUUUGCUGCGUUUACAAAUAGUGGACAGGAACUUAACGAAUAUCCUACUGAAAACGGCUGACGUCCUUUAUAAUAAUGUCUCGUCGAAAGCAAGCGAAGCCCAGAUCUCUGAAAGGCCAGGACGACAAGUUAAACAUUAAGGAAGAUGGCGAGAGUGUGGGGAAGAAGCAUUGCUCCUGGGAAAGGAAAAAAGAGAUGGAUGAGGAGAGGGAAAAACUUGGACAAGAGAAGGAUGAAGGUGUGAAAGAGCACAAAUGUGUAGAGAGCAUACAGGUGUCAGAAUCCUUCACCCAGCAGAGACUAAACUACUGCCACAGUUUAGAAAAGCCUAAUGUUGAGGAAGAUCCCAUUUGUUGCUUAGCUUUACCUCUUUCCUCUGGUCACUCCUCCCCUGACCAUGAAGAUGGAGGUGACCUUUUAUUUAAAGUGGAAGAUUUGCCGAAAUGCACAAUGAAAAACAGAGAUCACCAGAGGGUAAACAUCCCUUUGCUUGGCAACAGUUUUGUUCCUCUUGAAAUAUCCCAAACACAUAUCAGUGAGACACCAACAGACAGCAAACAGGGCUUCAGUGACGGAUAUGAUCAGGUUAGUGCAAUGUCCCUUCAACAUCACUCCAUUCUAAAUGAUUCACAGAAUAACAAGGAGGACUUUGAGAACUGGCAACCUCCAAAUAUUGCCACUCCACACUAUAGCUUCUCCAGUCCAGCCAAUCCAAUGGCAUUUAAACCAAUAGCUCCUUGUGCACAAAAGCAAAAGUCUCCGUUUUUGUCAAAAAACUCUUUUGGAAUCCAAUUCACCAAAAAGCUCAAGGUUUUCAACAAUUGUGCUCAUUGUCACUACCAUACGGACUCCAGAAGGUAUGAGCAGACCCAACACAAGGAGAUGGACAAGGAGAUCCACUCUAGUCAAAUCUGUUCUGACAUCCCGACUUUUCCUUCUGAAUUAAAGGAACACCAGAAAGAGGCCAAUGUGUUACUACGCCAUUCGAUGCUGCUUGAAGCAUCGAUCACUGCAGCAGUUCAGACGGUCCUCCAGUGUCGCUUUUGUCCGAAAACUUUAAAAAACCUUAAAGCCCUACAAGAUCAUGUUCACCAGUCACACAACUCAAAUUCUGUAAUUGAGAGCAACGUCUUUUUCUGCUCGCAAUGCUUCAGAGGAUUCCUGACAAAGGACACACUUGAUUAUCAUAUACAGCAAGCUCAUUUUAAAAAGACCUUGUCGCUUGAUCCAUAUCUCUUAGAAAAAAAUGCAGAAAGAAAGGCUUUGCUCUUCUGUUCUGACUGCACACAUUUGCCUACCUUUAGUGGGAAGCAAAAACUAAUGCAGAAUAUCAAAAAGACACACAAGAAUAUGAACUUUAUGAACCUCAAAUCAGAAAAGAGGACACGGAGUCCGACAAUCAAGAGUCCGGCCGAACAAACUGGCAAGGGUGCCCUUCCGUCAACCAACUUAAUCUGUGACCACUGUGGGGCUAAAUAUACCAGUCUAGAUCUGUUUCAAACUCACUUGAGUUCCCACCUCAAAAAUAUGCUUCCAAAUCUUACUUGUCCAGAGUGCUUCAAGGAUUUCCCAAACCAGGACUCUCUGAACGAACAUGCAGUGACUCAUUUCAGCAAUACAUCCACUCUAUACACCUGCGAGAGCUGCAGUAAGUCCUUUAUCAGUGUCAAAGACUUACACAGACACUUACACGAGAUGCACACUCUUGAGUUUUACCGCUGUUCCCUCUGCCAGCAGGUAUUCAGAACUAAGGUCUCCAUGCAGGUUCACCUGGCCUCAAAGCACAAUACCAAGAGAACAACGUUCCACUGUACGUGCUGUGAAUGGAACUUUGAGCAAGAGUAUGACUUACAUGUGCAUGUUAAACAGAAACAUCUAGACCAACAAUGCAAGGUAUACUGCUGCAUUUUCUGCGCAGAAUCCUUUAACACGGACAUUGAGUUACAGUGUCAUAUCACCGCACAUAGUGACAAAAGCAGUCCGUGCAGUACCAAGAGCAACUCUUCCCUUGAGGUGCCCUUACACAAGAAGCUCCUAGCCAAGAGUCAGAGCGCUGAAGGUAACAAUGUGACCCCUCCACCUGUCUCCAAAUCAGUUACCAAGGACAGCACUGGAAUGCUGCCAGUGAAUAAUGAAAUAAGAGACAGUAAGUUGGAAUCACUGUUACGCUCUCCUGCCGAAAGCAAAGGGAAUGUGACUAUGAGUGAUCCGAUGUUUGCCUGUGAAAUCUGCGGUGCCUCGUACACCAUGCAGUCCCUGCUUGCUAACCACGAGCUGCGAGAUCACCACAUUCAGCCAGGGGAGAGUGGCACUCUGAGGCGCAAAGUGGAGGCAAUCCAAGGGAGCCACAAAUGCAAAGACUGUUCCAAGACCUUCUUCACUGAGCUGGCACUGUGGGAGCACGUCCAGACUCAUCUAGGCCCCACCAAAAACUGCCAAUGCCCCAUCUGUGGAGAGCGCUUUCCCUCACUGCUAACGCUGACUGAACACAAGGUCACCCACAGCAGGAGCUUGGACACUGGCAACUGCCGCAUCUGCAAGCUUCCUCUUCACAGUGAGGAGGACUUCCUGGAACACUGUCAGAGGCACCCAGACCUGCACAACUCACUGACAGGCUUUCGCUGUGUAGUGUGCAUGCAAACUGUCACCUCCACUCUUGAGCUGAAAAUUCAUGGAACUUUCCACAUGCAAAAGGUCCAGGGUGACGGUCUGACCAGCAGCUACAUAGAUCCCUCUGAUUUUCAUCCUGACCCUCAAAUCUUCUCAAAGGUUGAAAUGGUGAAUGUUAGCAGGUUUCAGCAGAGACAAGACAACAAGAACAAAAUUUCUGUAGUCAACUGUUGCUCGACUACGGCUCUCAUACCAGAGGAGAGAAGCAAUAAGAACGCUCUCACUCAGACCACACCGGUUUGAGGCAAAUCGUAAAUAAUUACUUGUAAAGGACGUCAAAUGUGCUCUACUGUUUGCUUGUGUACUGGAGUAUCUGUAUUUAAUUCUACAGCGUGCUAUGUUUUUAAAGGAACGUUCCAGGUUCAAUACAAGUUAAGCUCAGUAGACAAUAUUUGUGACAUUAAGUUGAUUACCACACACAAAGACUCUACCCUGGUUUAUUUUUUAAGAAAAAUCAAAAAUCGCUGUUACAGUGUGAUACUUACAGUACAAUGGAGGUGAAUGGGGCUAGUCCAUAAACACUAAAAUACACACUGUUUUAAAAGUAUAGCCACAAAACAUAAAUAUUUUAUGUGUUAACAUGAUUUUAGUGUGAUGCAAUCACAAAUUUGUGAAUGGUGAUCGAGUCAGUUACUAACAUUCUGCCUAACGUCUCCUUUUGAAAGCCAUACGGUUUGGAACAAUAUGAGGCUGAGUGUAUUAUGACAGAAUUUAAACUUUUAGGUGAACUAUCCCUUUAUGCCUUAAAUGUGUGAAUUUGAAGAUAUUAAAAAAGGUUUUGAGAGGCUUUGAUUUUCUCCCUCUCUGUUAUUAAAGAUGUUUCUGUCUUUUGAGACACUCUGCAAAUUACUAAUAUUCCCAAGUGCAAUGCUAAUCUUUAUUGGACAGUUCUGAGGUUCUGAACUCAGGUUCAAGAGAUUUACAGCCAUAUUUGGGUUCUUUCCUCUCUCUUUAAGUUUAUGAAAAAUCCUUAUGUGUUAAGAAAUGGAACUGGAUCUUUGGUGGAUCUUGGCUAUCUAGACAGUAAUGAGUUGCUGAUGACUGGAGCUGCAGAUGCACAGAGGGAAGGAAAAGAGGAUGAGAUUUGUGUGCAAUGGGACUUGAUGUUCUGAGGGAAAGAGUCAUUAGCAAUGUUCCAUCUAAAUGAAAUCUGCGCAGGCUUCUUGGUGAAUGUUAUGGAUUAGAUGUAGGGCUUUUGGACAGUGACAUCUGAUAAUCACCAAACUAUUUUUAAUGUUACGUAUUAAUCAUUUUUAUUAUGUUUUAUUACUUUAAUAAUAUUCUAUAAUUUUUUAGUAAUAUAAUUUUUUUCUCCAUUUUUAUCACUUUAAUUUGGGCAAAUUUUCAAAAUCUCAGAUAUUUGUCUUGUUCUAUAACUGUAUAAGAUGUUGUACCGCAAAAUAAAAUACAAUAAAUAAAUAAUGGUCUAUGUGGGUAAAUGUG